AUGAAAAUGAUCUCCUACUCGGUACACCGUGAGGAGGACGCGUUUCUGGCGAAGAAAGAGAGCAAUCGAGUGCUGGAGAAGGAGCUGCUGCAUGAGCAGGAGCUUCGGCGUGAGACCCAGCGCCAGCUAGAGGCUCUCGAUGAAAUGCUGCAGAUGCUUCAGGGAAUCCGCGAGGCGCAGUCCAGGCUAGGCGCGAGCUUGGGACUGACACUGUGA